UCCCAGGUGGAUCGCUCCUCGUUCCCGUGCGGGUGUUCCCGGGACGGCUGCGGAAACGCCUCCGGGCGGAUCGAGUUCAACCCGCUCCGGGUCCGGACCCACUUCCUGCACACGCUGAUGAAGCUGCAGCUGCAGAGCCGCCGGGAGGAGGAGGAGGAGGAGGAGGGUGAAGGGGGGGAGGAAGCAUCGCCGGGUCCCCCCUGGGGUCCCCCGCAGCCCCCCGAGACUCAGGACUUCCAGGAGUACCUGGCGGAGAACGCGCGGGCCGUGCUGCACCUGCAGACGGCCGAGGAGCUCGAGAGGAGGAGGAAGGACGAGGAGGAAGAGUCGGGAGCGGGGGGAGAGGGCGAGGGGGGCGGAGGGGGGCUCUGCGUCCUGGGGGAGCACCUGGACGGCACCGCCUGGCAGGUGAGACCCGCCCCGGGCCCCGCCCACGGCCUCGGCCCCGCCCCGUUCCCGCCGGGAGCGCCCGGCCUGGGAUUCCCCACGGAGCAGGGGGGGCCCCAGGUGAGCCCGCAGGUGGGUCCCCAGGUGAGCCCCCAAGUAGGUCCCGAGGUGAGCCCCCAGGUGUGUUCCGUGGUGAGCCCCCAGGUGAGCUCCCAGGUGGGUCCCCAGCUGGGCUCCCAGGUGUGCUCCCAGGUGAACCCCCAGGUAGGCUCCCAGGUGAGCUCCCAAGUGAUCUCCCAGGUGAGCUCCGAGGUGAGCCCUCAGGUGAGCCCCCAGGUGUGCCCCCAGGUGAGCUCCCAGGUAGGUCCCCAGGUGAGCCCACAGGUGUGUUCCCAGGUGGGUCCCCAGGUGAGCUCCCAGGUGAGCCCCCAAGUGAGCUCCCAGGUGGGUCCCCAGGUGAGCCCCCAGGUGGAUCCCCAGGUGGGUCCCCAUGUGAGCCCCCAGGUGAGCCCCCAG